CCAGUGGCUACAAAUAUCUAGAGCGGCCAGGCUUUGUAGCUAGCCAGCCAUGGAAGACGGACUGUGACUUUGAUUCUCUCUCCCAUCCUUGUCUCUUUCCGUCCUUUUCUUGUAACCAUCUCUUCCGCCGGAGGAUCAAACAAAAAAGAAAGAGAGAAACGCCUUUCCACUCGCCGCCUUCAAUGGCGUCCCUCUCCAGCUUAUGCUCUUCCUCUCCAUCACUCAAGCCCAAGCCGGCCGCUUCUCUCCCCAAGACCGUCCUCAACCCUCCAUUUCCCGGCAAGCCCACUUCCCUCUCAUUCCCCAUUCGCUCCUCCAAACCCCUCGAUGUCGCCGCUCACUCCGUCGCCCGCGAGAUCGCAGCCGACUCUUCCAAGUCCGGCGGGAACAGCGUCCCCGGGAAGCCGAAGAAAGGGCUCGAGAAAGAUCCUCAGGCGCUGUGGAGGAGGUAUGUUGACUGGCUGUAUCAGCAUAAGGACCUGGGGCUCUAUCUGGAUGUUAGCAGGAUUGGCUUCACCGAUGAAUUCUUCCGAGAGAUGGAGCCUCGGUUUCAGCAGUCGUUUGAUGCCAUGGAGGGUUUGGAGAAGGGCGCGAUUGCCAAUCCCGAUGAAGGCAGGAUGGUCGGCCAUUAUUGGCUGAGGAAUUCGGAGCUCACUCCCACUCCCUUUCUGAAAACGCAGAUUGAGAGCACGCUUGAUUGCAUUUGUACCUUCGCUGAUGAAAUCGUCAGCGGUAAGAUUAAACCCCCAGCUUCGGAGGCUGGCCGGUUUACUCAAAUAAUGGCUGUGGGCAUUGGGGGCUCGGCUCUUGGACCACAAUUUGUUGCGGAGGCUUUGGCUCCAGAUAACCCUCCUCUCAAAAUAAGGUUUAUUGACAAUACGGAUCCAGCAGGAAUCGAUCAUCAGGUCGCUCAGCUUGGCUCUGAAUUAGCUUCUACCCUUGUGAUAGUGACUUCUAAGAGUGGAGGCACUCCUGAAACUAGAAAUGGUCUUCUUGAAGUACAGAAGGCUUUCCGUGAAGCUGGUCUUGAUUUCGCAAAACAGGGUGUUGCCAUAACGCAGGAAAAUUCACUAUUAGAUAAUACAGCUAGAAUUGAAGGGUGGCUGGCUAGGUUCCCUAUGUUUGACUGGGUUGGUGGCAGGACAUCUGUAAUGUCUGCAGUUGGCCUACUGCCAGCAGCGCUUCAGGGGAUUGACAUUAGAGAAAUGCUUACUGGUGCAGCCCUAAUGGAUGAGGCAACUAGAAGCAGAGAUCUUAGGAAUAACCCAGCAGCUCUACUAGCUUUAUGCUGGUAUUGGGCCUCGGAUGGGGUAGGAUCCAAGGAUAUGGUUGUCCUUCCAUACAAGGAUAGUCUAUUGCUAUUUAGUCGGUAUCUGCAGCAGCUGGUCAUGGAAUCUAUCGGGAAGGAGUUUGACCUUGAUGGUAAUAGGGUGAAUCAAGGACUUACAGUGUAUGGAAAUAAAGGGAGUACAGAUCAGCAUGCAUACAUUCAACAACUGAGAGAGGGUGUGCACAAUUUCUUCGUGACCUUCAUUGAAGUUCUGCGUGAUAGGCCCCCUGGUCAUGAUUGGGAACUGGAACCAGGGGUUACUUGUGGUGACUAUUUAUUUGGAAUGCUACAGGGAACUAGGUCAGCUCUAUACGCUAAUGACCGGGAAUCUGUGUCAGUAACAGUACAAGAGGUGACACCAAGAUCAGUAGGGGCUCUUAUUGCACUCUAUGAGCGAGCAGUAGGAUUGUAUGCCUCUCUAGUCAACAUCAAUGCCUACCAUCAACCUGGCGUGGAAGCUGGGAAAAAAGCAGCAGGAGAAGUAUUAGCUCUUCAGAAGCGGGUUUUGGCAGUACUGAACGAGGCAAGCUGUAAAGAUCCUGUGGAGCCAUUGACGCUUGAGGAAGUAGCUGACCACUGCCAUGCCCCAGAGGAUAUCGAAAUGAUAUACAAGAUCAUAGCCCAUAUGGCAGCAAACGACAGAGCACUGAUUGCUGAUGGCCACUGUGGAUCGCCUCGCAGCAUCAAAGUUUACCUGGGGGAGUGUAAUGUUGAUGCUUUAUACUAAGAACGUACAGUUGAGCAAUAUUUCUUUAAUUUACCAGUGUGGUCGACCUGAAAGUGUUGUGAAUUUGCAACCAGAAUAAGGUGCUGUGUUUUGAACACUUGCGCAUGCACGCCAAAAAAAAAAAUGGAGCAUUUUUCCAUCUCUGCUUCUUUCAUUUGUAGAAUUUCCACGUUCUCCUAUAGUUGUACAUUUUUUGCUCAGCUGUUCUUUCAUUUGUAGAGCAAUGUUGGUGCUUUAUUCUAAUAAUAACAAUCUUUAGAA